AUGCUCACCCUUCUCACCCUCCUUUUCUUCACAAUCCAAGGCUCUCAGGCUGCGCAAGAUGUUUAUACGCUAUGUAAACAUGGAUUUGGGUAUACCUGGGACGAUGGUCCAUGGAUCUAUCACCAAGAAAUACUCGAUAGCUUCAACGCGGUGAAUGGCACGACAACGUUCUUUAUGAACGGAGACAACUAUUCUUGCAUCUACGACGAGGAUAAUGUGCGACGACUCCGCGCAACGUUUGAAUCCGGACAUCAAAUUGGCUCUCAUACAAUUGAUAUGGAGAUCCAGCGGCUUGACGAGGCGUUUAUUCGUAUCCUUGGAGUCAAGCCCCGUUUCAUUCGACCACCUUUUGGAGACUUGAGCGAGCAUGUCAUUACAUACAUUCGCAAAAAGCAUCACAAGUACAUUGUCAUGUGGUCUGACGACUCGCUCGACUCGGUCGGUGGCACAGCACAAGAUAGCUACAACUUUUACAAGACAUUUGCCAUUGAUCGCCCAGACUAUACGGGCCUGACGCUUUCGCAUGAAACAUCCGAUGCGGGGAUCCAAGCACUGCGCAAUGGAACGGUCAACGUGCUUGCGAAUGCAGAUAUAAAUUUGCUCUCCGUGGCGCAGUGUGUUGAUAUGGAACCAUACGAGUACUUUGGCGGAUAUCAGGAGCGAGACGCGUCGUGGACGUGUGAGGGUUCAUGGACGCCGUCCAACUUUUCGACACUCACGCGUACAUCGAUGCCGAGUAGGACCACGAUGGUGUCAUGGACGAGAAGCAUCUCCACGGAGACGUCGCGUACCUCUGAUGUGUUCACCGAACCGCCUUUACCUGAAGGAACAGCACCAGUCCAGAUUACAUCACUCACACGUUGGGACGUUUCUUCUUCAAUACCAAUCACUCCAUAUUCAUCCUGGAUGACGUUUAGUUCUACCCCGACCGCUAAAUGGACGCCAGACGCUACCGCCACACCGACGCCAACGCCAACGUCGGACAUAGCAAUAGAGGCACCUCUACCAGAAGGAACCAUCCCAACGCCCAUUUCUUCCUUUACAGAAGAACCCGACUUGCCUGAAGGCACAGAACCGACAAUCCUUUUCUCCAUGACGCGUGUGGAGGUGGCCACGCCUACAGACACGUCGACAGCUACACGAUGUACCCCGAGGUAUUCCUCUUGA